AUGACAUCGAGAGUUAUCACCGAAGAGGGAUUUGGAAUAAUAAUUCAAGUGCCAAACCUUUUGGGCUUACUUCAUCUAGCAACACUAUUUUGCCCCGUGCUCUCGGGUGGCAACCCGGCGCCCCACAAGAUUCAGGGCAUUGGCGCUGGCUUCGUGCCGCGAGUGCUGGAGCGUGACCUGAUCGACGAAGUUAUCACGGCCAGCAGUCCGGACGCCUUCGCCAUGGCCAAGCGCCUGGCUCUGGAGGAGGGAAUCCUCGUUGGUCCGUCGUCCGGUGCCGCGGUGGUGGCCAGUCUGGAGCUGGCCAAGCGCCCGGAGAACAAGGACAAGCUCAUCGUGACGAUCUUGCCCAGCUUCGGUGAACGCUACCUGUCGUCGCCUCUUUUCGAGAAGGAGCGCGAGUUCGCUGCCAACCUGCCCACGUCUGAGCUGCCUUAG